GUGCCGAGUGGAAGCUCUUGACGGAGGACGAGAAGAGGCCGUUCAUUGAUGAGGCGAAGAGGCUGAGGGCCAUGCACAUGAAGGAGCAUCCGGACUACAAGUACAGACCGAGACGUAAGCCGAAGACGCUGAGGAAGGAAGGAUACGCUUACUCGAUACCGUACCCUUCGGUGCCGAUGGACGCCCUCCGAGCUGGAAUGGCCGCCUCCAGUAUGGGACAGUCGAUGGCUUCGUAUUACAAUCCAUCCGCCGCUUACGGUUCUUUGAGUUCGAUGGCAGCGGCGGCGGCGGCAGCGCAACAAACGGCCCUUUCCGCCGGAUUAACGUCACAGCCUCAAGUGGUGAGUUCGAUGGAUGCGAUGAAAUAUUCAAUGGAGGCAGACAAGUAUCGAUCGCCUUACAUGCCGCCCUCGACCCUAGCCAUGUCCAUGUACUCAGAUCCCAAGUACAUGGACUCUUCAUCGAAGAGCUACCUCGAGAGAGGAUACCUCGACUCAACAACAGCCCUGACCAAAGCCUACUUGGAGUCAUCGAAGAUGUACAUGGACGGUAAAUACAAUCCAGAAUCAGCAUCGAGAGCGUAUCCAGGUUUAGACAUCGGCAAGGUGUACUCAGAAUCACAGCAGUGCGCACCCAACAUGGGAUCACCCAGAGGAUCCGAAUCUCCGGAGCCGAAGCCGCAUCUGGAGAGGCAAGACGCAGCAUCGACGAGCAGCUCAACGACAACAUCUUCAGCUGGGGCGUCUCCAGGCGCGUUGCCUAGCUACUACCCGACACCAGGUGUCCAACAAGGAUCCACGAUGCCCGGUCUUCUACCGAUGAGUCAGUAUGCGAGUCAGUACCCGGCGCAGAGCCCUGGGGCCGAGUUCCGGCGACCUCUGACCGUCAUCUUUUGACCUGACCGAUUGUGAAUAUGAACGUUUUUAAACAUCUUCCACUUAGCAAAGAGAGUUACUUUAACCUUCGACGAAUCUGAGUUCAUUAGCAGUAUUAAGUCUCGUAUCUUAUCCCACAAUCUACACACAUUAUUAUUAUUAUUAUUUACUUUAUUUACUCGUCGUUUCCACUCUCAUUUCUCAAAUUUAAAACGUUGCAAUAAUAAUCGGAUAAAAUUAAUUAUUCGUGCAUACGAGAAUUACUUAAUCAAAUCAAA